AAUUAGAUUAAGUAUUUGACGCCCGUUUGAUACAAUUAUUGAUUUUUUUACCGUAAUUUUAGAUAAACCUGUCAACUAAAUUCUGUUCAUUUUCAUUGUUUGAUGGCGUUCCUGAAACAGAGAAGAAGUGAACCGACAUCUGUGGUUUCUAAUUGGUAAUUUCUGGGAAAAUUUGGGGUUUUCCGGACAUGGGCUUUCGACUUUUUGGUGCAAAUUGAAAACCCAUCGACGGAUUUGUCAAAUUCGAUGAAAAGGUGAUGGCAUUGAAGUGAUCGAAUUGGCAGAAAGAGGUUCGUAUGGCGAACUUUCUUGGUGGGUUUGUAUUGCCUCUGCUGCUCCUAACAGCUGCUGUAAUCAACUGGAGUCUGAUCUCUCUAGUUGAUUUGAUAGCUUUCCUUCUCGUUCAAUAUAAUGCAUCAAAAAUAGGCUUUCGUUCCCGAAGGCGGUUUUGGUUACUAUGGCCUAUUAUCAUCUUUUCCUUGCUUGUCAUUCUUUCUCAAGUAACAUUUCUUGUCGUAUGGACCGUUGAGGGAAAUAAAUGGAGUAUAGCUGAAGCUUGGUGGGCAAAACUGAUUGGAUUCAUGACAGUUCUUACCUGGAAAUCUCCCUCUGUAAUUUAUUUCUUGAUUGUACAACUACUAGCGGUUUUUGUUGCUUUAGUUGGUAUAUACGGAAAUAGAUUUGGUCUGGUUCCAUGGCAGGCUUCUUGUUGGGGGCAUUUCUGUUCAGUUGUUGAACAUUUAGGUUCUCGUCUUAGGGUUGCUUCCUGUUUGCUGUUGCCUGCCAUUCAGCUGGUCGUGGGAAUUAGCCAUCCCUCAUGGGUUACUCUACCAUUUUUUAUUGGAAGCUGUGUUGGUCUUGUGGAUUGGUCUUUAACGAGCAAUUUUCUAGGGCUUUUCAGGUGGUGGAGGCCUCUUCAGCUCUAUGCAGGCUUCAACAUUGUCCUGCUUUAUGUGUACCAGCUCCCAAUAGGGUUCCCAAAUACAUUUCAAUGGAUAGCUGAUUUCAUUGGUCUGUUCAAAGUAUCUGCAAAUUCUGAGUGGCCUGAAAUUUGUUCUUGCUUUUCUCUUAUACUUUUCUAUAUCAUGCUAUCUUGUGUUAAAUGUGAUCUGGAGGAAAUGGAUUAUAUUAUGUCCACGGGAGAAAGUAGCUUGACUGAGCAACUUCUUCCCUCGAAGCAUUCAUUUUUCAUUCGUGAAUCAAGAUCUGGUGUAAAGCAUACCAAUGUUUUAUUGAGGGGAGCAGUGUUCCGGACAUUUAGUAUCAACUUUUUCACGUAUGGUUUCCCGGUCUCCUUGUUUGCUCUUUCCUUCUGGAGUUUCCAUUUUGCCAGUUUAUGUGCAUUUGGAUUACUUGCAUAUGUUGGCUACAUCGUAUAUGGCUUCCCCUCCUUAUUCCGUUUGCACCGGUUGAAUGGGCUGCUUCUUGUCUUCAUUCUCUUGUGGGCUGUUAGCACAUACAUUUUCAAUGUAGCAUUCGCUUUCUUGAAUCGGAAACUUGGAAAGGACAUGGAAAUUUGGGAGAUGGUUGGGUUGUGGCACUAUCCAAUACCUGGGUUCUAUCUGCUUGCACAAUUUUGUCUUGGAAUUUUAGUUGCCUUGGGUAAUCUAGUUAACAAUUCCGUUUUCCUUUGCUUGUCUGAUGAACAUGGGCAAUCUUCAGAUGAGAACUCUACAGUUGAAGUAGAGGAAGAGACGAAGGUAUUGAUUGUUGCCACAAUUGCGUGGGGACUGCGCAAAUGCUCUCGGCCUAUAAUGCUGUCACUGAUAUUCCUCAUUGCCAUGAAACCUGGUUUCAUCCAUGCUGUAUAUAUGAUAUUCUUUCUGAUAUAUCUUUUGAGCCACAACAGCAGCAGAAAUAUACGCCAGUCUCUGAUUCUUUUAUGUGAGGCUCACUUUGCACUAUUGUACAUUCUUCAGAUUGAUUUGGUUUCUAAUAGUUUGGAGCGAAAAGGCUCUUUUAGUAUGGAAGUUCUAUCGCAGUUAGGUCUGCUUGAAUAUGACAGUUCCUGGGAUUUCUUGGAAGUAGCUUUGCUUGCUUGCUUCUGUGCAAUCCAUAACCAUGGUUUUGAGAUGCUAUUUUCAUUCUCAGCAAUUGUGCAGCACACCCCAAGCCUCCCUAUUGGAUUUAGCAUCUUGAAAGCUGGUCUGAACAAAUCGGUUCUGUUGUCAGUUUAUUCCUCAACUACAAAAUACAGCCAAUAUAACCCUUCUUAUGAAAGAAGGAUAGCAUCAUUCCUCAGUGCAAUUGGGCAGAAAUUUCUAUCUAUGUAUAGAUCAUGUGGAACCUACAUUGCUUUCAUAACUAUUCUCCUCACGGUGUACCUGGUGAGACCCAAUCACAUAUCAUUUGGGUACAUAUUCCUUCUCCUUGUUUGGAUAAUUGGAAGACAACUUGUUGAGAGUACAAAAAGGCAGCUCUGGUUUCCAUUAAAAGCAUAUUCAAUCAUGGUGUUUAUCUUUAUCUAUAGCUUGAGCAGUUUCGCCAGAUUUGAGAUGUGGCUGUCCAGGUUGAUAGAUCUCUAUUUUUAUUUGGGCUAUAACCCGGAAGCUUCAUCGUUGGAAAAUGUUUGGGAAUCUCUGGCAGUCUUGAUUGUGAUGCAACUUUAUAGCUAUGAAAGGAGGCAGAGUAAGUAUAACAGGUCAGAUGAUUCGAAUCGACUGGACUCUGGAGCACUUGGGUUUUUCAAACGCACUCUUAUUUGGCAUAGCCAGAAGAUCAUGUUUAUUGCUUUGUUCUAUGCAUCUUUAUCCCCAAUUAGUGUACUUGGUUUUCUGUAUCUACUUGGCCUUGUCAUCUGUUCAACUUUACCUAAACAUUCCCGGGUCCCAUCCAAAUUAUUCUUAGUUUACACUGGAUUUCUAGUGACAGCUGAAUAUCUCUUUCAGAUGUGGGGUGAACAGGGAGGGAUGUUUCCUGGACAGAAACACUCCAAUCUAUCCCUUUUUUUAGGUUUCUCUGUAUUUAAGCAGGGCUUUUGGGGAAUAGAAUCAGGCUUGAGGGGAAAAGUUCUGGUGAUUGCUGCAUGUACUCUUCAGUACAAUGUCUUCCAUUGGUGGGAGAAAAUGCCAAGUCUUAUUCUAAACAAAGGGCAGUGGGAAGAGCCUUGUCCCUUGUUUGUUUCAGAAGAGGAUGUCUCAGUUGGUGUUACCCUUUCUAAUGAGGACAAUAACCAAUUGUCAGAUUCUGGCGCACUGUCUGUAAAACAAGAGGGGGUGAAAAGCAACUCACAGCCAUAUUUCACCUCUGGUCUGUCUCAAGCAUCUCAUCCCGUAUCCUCUAAAGCAGCAGGCUCUGAGGGUGCAAGUGCUAGUAAAUAUUCAUUUGGCUAUAUCUGGGGAAGCACCAGGGAGAGUCAUAAGUGGGACAAGAAGAGGAUUCUUGCAUUGAGAAAGGAGAGAUUUGAAACACAGAGGACUCUUUUGAAAAUAUAUUUGAAGUUUUGGAUGGAGAAUUUGUUUAAUCUCUUUGGUCUUGAGAUAAAUAUGAUUGCCUUGCUUCUUGCCAGCUUUGCUUUGUUGAACGCCAUCUCUAUGCUAUAUAUUGCACUGCUUGCUGCUUGCAUCCUUCUGGAUCGGCACAUUAUUCGUAAAUUGUGGCCCGUGUUAGUGUUCUUGUUUGCUUCUAUUCUUAUUCUUGAGUACUUUGCCAUCUGGAAGAACAUGUGGCCUUUGAACCAACAUAGUCCAAGUGAGACUGAUGUACAAUGCCAUGACUGCUGGAGAAGCUCGACUCUAAAUUUCCAGUAUUGCAAGAACUGUUGGUUGGGACUUAUUGUUGAUGAUCCUCGAAUGCUUAUCAGCUACUUUGUUGUCUUCAUGCUUGCUUGUUUCAAACUUCGUGCUGAUCGCUUGUCCAGUUUCUCAGGGUCAUCGACAUCUCGCCAGAUGAUAUCUCAACGUAAAAACGCAUUUGUUUGGAGAGAUCUAUCUUUUGAAACUAAAAGCAUGUGGACAUUUCUUGACUACCUGAGGCUUUACUGCUAUUGUCAUCUAUUGGAUCUUGUGCUUGCAUUGAUAUUGAUUACUGGAACCCUCGAGUAUGACAUUCUGCACCUUGGUUAUCUUGCUUUCGCACUGAUUUUCUUUCGAAUGAGACUUGAAAUACUGAAGAAGAAGAACAAGAUAUUCAAGUUCUUGCGCAUAUACAACCUUGUUCUUAUUGUUCUUUCUCUUGCGUAUCAAUCUCCUUUUGUGGGAGAAUUUUGUCCUGGGAAUUGUGAGACAGUGGAUUACAUUUAUGAAAUGAUUGGAUUUUAUAAAUAUGAUUAUGGAUUCCGGAUUACUGCAAGAUCUGCCCUAGUUGAAAUUAUCAUAUUUAUGCUUGUGGCACUUCAGUCAUAUAUGUUUUCCUCCCAAGAGUUUGAUUACGUGUCUCGAUAUCUUGAAGCAGAGCAAAUUGGUGCCAUUGUGCAUGAGCAAGAAAAGAAAGCUGCAUGGAAAACUGCUCAGUUACAGCAUAUUCGUGAAUCUGAAGAGAAGAAACACCAGCGUAACUUGCAAGUGGAGAAGAUGAAAUCUGAGAUGCUCAACUUGCAAAUCCAGCUUCACAGCGUGGGGUCAACUGCCAAUUGCAACGUCACUUCUCCUUGCAGUGAAGGCCUAAGGAGAAGGAGUACUUCUAUUACUUCAAAUAAUGAAGCUGGGACCCCUGAUAAGGAACUAAUUCUCGGGAAACAAGAACAGAUUAUCAGAGAGGAGUCAUUAUUCCCUUUUGAAUUGCAUGAAUCUGCUCCUAGUAUGACUGCAGAAAGUCCAUCAGCAGCUGAGUCUACAAAGCAUUCAGUGGGAUCUCUUCAUUGUGAGAUCACUGAAGUUGAAUUGGAUGUUUCUGAUAGUGCAUUUUUUGAUUUAGACAAGAAAGAGAAAGACAAAAGCCAAGCAAAGGAAAACCUAUUAACAUCGGCAGUACAGAUGAUAGGUGAUGGUGUUUCCCAAGUACAAUCUAUUGGAAAUCAGGCAGUCAACAACCUUGCAAGUUUCUUGAACAUAGAACAAGAAGAUUCAGGUAUGAAAGAGAACAUGUUUGCAGAGAAUGGAGUAUACGAUGAGAUGGAGAGCCAAAAAAUGGGGUACUUGUGUAUGGAAUCUAUGGAUCGCUCAUCUUCUCUGCAGUCUGAUCAAAGUUUUGAUGCUGCAAGUCUGCAGUUAGGAAGGAUCUUUCGUCACAUAUGGUCCCAAAUGAGAUCCAACAAUGAUGUUGUGUGUUAUUGUUGCUUUGUUCUUGUCUUCUUGUGGAACUUCAGUUUGCUUUCUAUGGUGUAUCUUGCAGCUCUAUUCUUGUAUGCUCUAUGUGUAAGUACCGGCCCAAGUUACAUCUUCUGGGUUAUCAUGCUAAUCUACACAGAAGUUUAUAUUUUGCUUCAGUAUCUGUACCAAAUUAUCAUCCAGCACUGUCGGUUAAGUAUUGACUCAGACCUACUUCGUGAGUUGGGAUUCCCUGCUCAUAAAAUCAGGUCGUCGUUUGUUGUCAGUUCUUUGCCUUUUUUUCUUGUCUACUUAUUUACCCUCAUACAGAGCUCUAUAACUGCAAAAGAUGGUGAAUUGAUGUCUUCUACAGACUUCAAUUUCUUUAAGAAGAAUGCUCUCUAUAGAAAAGAGGAUCUUGGGAAUUAUAGCUCGCAAGAGAGCACAUUGGGGCUGCUACAGCUGAUUGCAAAUACAGUAAAAUUGAUAAUCAGAAGCUUUUUUAGGUUCUGGAAAGCAUUGACACAGGGAGCAGAAUCUCCUCCUUACUUGGUCCAGGUGUCUAUGGAUGUCAAAUCCUGGCCGGAGGAUGGGAUUCAACCAGAGAGGAUUGAGUCUGGAAUAAACCAAUUGCUAAGAAUUGUCCAUAAUGAAAGAUGCAGAGAAAAAAACCCUAACCUCUGCCCUUUUGCUAGUAGGGUUCAUGUUCAAAGCAUUGAAAAAAGCCAAGAAACCCCAAAUAUGGCGUUGCUUGUUUUUGAGGUUGUAUAUGCAUCCCCUUUAACGGAGUGUGCUUCAGCAGAAUGGUACAAGUCACUUACUCCAGCAACUGAUGUGGCAAAGGAGAUUCUUGAAGCACAGCAUGCUGGGUUUCUUGAAGAAAUGGGAUUCCCUUACCCUAUACUCUCUGUAAUCGGGGGAGGCAAAAGAGAAGUUGAUCUGUAUGCCUACAUAUUUGGUGCAGAUUUGACUGUAUUUUUUCUAGUUGCAAUUUUCUACCAAUCAGUCAUAAAGAAUAAUAGCGAAUUUCUCGAUGUGUAUCAGCUUGAGGAUCAGUUUCCGAAAGAGUUCGUAUUUAUCUUAAUGAUUAUCUUUUUCAUGAUCGUGCUUGAUCGCAUAAUUUACCUCUGUUCCUUCGCAACGGGAAAAGUUGUUUUCUACCUUUUCAACCUCAUCCUCUUCACGUAUUCAGUUACAGAGUAUGCUUGGCACAUGGAGCCUUCCCAACAACAUGCUGCAGGGUUAGCACUUCGUGCUAUAUAUCUUGCUAAAGCCAUAUCUUUAGCUCUGCAGGCUAUACAAAUUCGAUAUGGGAUUCCUCACAAAAGCACCUUGUAUCGGCAGUUCUUGACCAGUGAAAUUUCCCGAAUUAAUUACUUGGGCUAUAGACUUUAUCGUGCUCUUCCCUUCUUAUAUGAGUUGCGAUGUGUACUUGACUGGUCGUGCACAACAACAUCUUUGACCAUGUAUGACUGGCUGAAGUUGGAGGACAUACAUGCAAGCUUGUACCUUGUCAAAUGUGAUGCAGUCUUGAAUAGAGCUACGCACAAACAAGGAGAGAAGCAAACAACAAUGACGAAAUGUUGUAAUGGGAUAUGUCUGUUCUUCAUAUUAAUCUGCGUUAUCUGGGCUCCUAUGCUGAUGUAUAGCAGUGGUAACCCGACAAACAUUGCCAACCCUGUUAAAGAUGCCAAUGUUCAGGUUGAUAUUAAAACAGCGAGUGGAAGGUUGACCUUGUACCAAACUACUCUUUGUGAAAGACUCCAAUGGGAUAAGCUCAAUGCUGAUAUUAAUCUUGAUCCCGGAGGUGUUUUGGACACAUAUAAUGAGAAUGAUAUCCAGUUGAUAUGCUGCCAAGCUGAUGCCAGUAUAUUGUGGCUUGUCCCCAAUGUGGUUCAGACGAGAUUCAUUCAGUCCCUUGACUGGGAGAUGGACAUGGAUAUUAUUUUUACUUGGGUACUUACCAGGGACAGGCCAAAGGGCAAGGAAGUUGUGAAAUAUGAAAGAACUAUUGAUCCUCCAUAUCUUCCAAAAAAAUCAGACGUUCAAAAAGUUCUCAAUGGCUCUAUGAACAGCUUUAGGAUAUAUAAUUUAUAUCCAAGAUACUUCCGUGUUACUGGUUCUGGUGAUAUCAGACCUUUGGAACAAGAGGAAAUAUCUGUUAGUGCGGAUCUUGUUAUAAAUCGUGUGGAUAAUGAAUGGUGGUCCUUCCAUGAUGUGAAUUCUUCGGAUGUUACCGGAUGUGGACGUUUGACAGGACCCAUGGCCAUCAUAAUUUCUGAGGAAACACCGCCUCAAGGUAUUAUUGGUGACACUCUCAGCAAGUUCAGCAUAUGGGGGCUGUACAUAACCUUUGUUCUUGCAGUUGGCCGUUUUAUCAGACUUCAAUGCUCUGACUUAAGAAUGAGAAUCCCCUAUGAGAACCUUCCUUCCUGCGACAGGUUGAUAGCCCUAUGUGAGGAUAUAUAUGCUGCAAGAGCAGAGGGUGAGCUUGGAGUAGAAGAGGUACUUUACUGGACGCUGGUGAAGAUUUAUAGGUCGCCACACAUGCUGCUUGAGUACACCAAAACUGAGUAGAAGAAUCCAAUGCAAAUGCUGCCUUCGCUUCCCAACAACUUCUCACACCUAGGUAUAGCAGAAGAAGGUACUAACUAGCAUUCAUUUAUAUUGGUAGGAUACAACCAAUCACAAUUCUUCUCUUGCGCUCCUGAGAAGCUCUCUGGCCAUAUUAAAUCUCCUUUAAUUUUGGUUACUGAAUUCUAGAUGUUUAUCAUACCGGCAUUCCGGCAUCUUGUGCUCUAAAUUUCCCUAUGUAUUUGUGCUACGUAUGUGCAUCUGGAAUUCUAUUCAACAAAAUCAGAUAGAACCAUACUAAUUAGGAAAAAAAAUUACU